AGAGAUCCAAACAGUAAAGAAGUGAGAAAGAAGAAAAUUCCCGUUACAUUUUUUGCGGAGCAAACUGUAACUGCUCCGGAAGAGAUAAAAACGGACCCAGCAGUUCCAGAAGAUUCAGAUGAUGAUAUCAUAAGAGCACCUAAAGCGCAUAUAAGAAGAAAGUCAAGAGGCUUUGUUGAGGACGAUGUUGGAUACACUCAAAAAUCGCAGGAGCAAGCAGUUCCUAUGAGAGCAGUGAAGGCCAAUGUCGGUCCAGGUCAAGUGGAAGAGAAAUCAGUCAGCGGAGAAGAAGCAUCACGCAGUCUGUCAGGUAUAGGUUCAAUGUCUCGUUUCUAG